UCCAAAUCUGACAAUGGCCGAGAUCACCGGCGGCCAAUCCUCGCCGGCAGCCGUGGCGGCGGCGGCGACGGAGGCUAUGCCGGACGACGUGCUCGCCGAGAUCCUCCUCCGCCUCCCGUCCCACCCUUCCUCCCUCUCCCAUGCGUCCUUCGUCUGCAAGCGCUGGAGCCGCCUGGUCCAAAAUCCUAGCUUCCUCUGCCGCUUCCGCGCAUUCCAUCAAACACCUCCCGUGCUCGGCUUCUUCCACAACUCCUCUCUGGGCUCCGUCUUCGUCCCCACCGGGGGCCCGCCCGGCCGCAUCGACGUCGAUGCCGCCUCCAUCAGCACGGGCGGGGACAACGGCGGGUGGUGGCUCGUCGACUGCCGCCACGGCCGCGUCCUCCUCCGCAGCAAGGACUGGGGCGAGGCGCUCGUGUGGGACCCCAUGACCGGGGCCAGCACCCGCAUCACCGUCCCCGGCCAGAUUCACGCGGGCGGCAACGACCACAGCGCCACCGUGUUCUGCGCCGCGCCGGCAGCGGGCGCCGACUGCCGCUCGAGCCCCUUCCACGUGGCCAUCGUGUUCGUCCGCGACGACGGCGUGUUCGGCUGCGUGUACUCGUCGCUGGACGCCGCGUGGGGCGAGCUGAUCUCCGCGCCAUUGCCGUCCUUACUGUGCAUGAUCUACGACGAGCCUCCUGCGCUGGUCGGGGGAGCCCUGUACUGGCUCAUCAAUGGGAAUCGCAUGCUCAAGUUCGAACUCGCCACCCAGAGUCUGGCCACGGUUUCUCGGCUGGCGCCGGCGGAGAUGCCUGCCACCCACAGGUGGAACGUCCGAGCCAUCAAUCUGGGAGAUGACGUUCUUGGCAUUGCCUUCUUCAAGGAUUUCAGCCUGCAGCUGUGGGCGCGGGAGGUCGCCGAUGACGGCGCGGCGAAAUGGGUUCUGCGCAGGGCCAUUGAGAUGAACAAGCUUCUUAGGCUGCCUAUGGUGCCGAGCGGCGAACUUCACCGUAUGGUGCACAUUUGGAUCUGUGGGUUCUCCGGCGAUGGAAAUGUGGUGGUUGUAGGGACCCCUGCUGGCAUUUUUCAGGUUUGGCUCGACACACUGGAGUUCAAGAAGGCCCCUGAUGGCACGCUGCUCGUCAAGACUGUUCAUCCCUAUGAGAGCUUUUAUGUUCCAAAUGGAAGAGGAGAGCACAAGGCUGCUGAACUGGAGGGCCAGGCUGCCUAGGCAGGUGGUAAGUGUGUUCUUCAGCACCUAGCUAGUUUGGAUGAAAAUCGUGCUUGGGACAAUUGGAUGAAUAAACACAGGAGGAUAUCACUACCUGUUGCAAUGCCUGUUGAUUUUCAGUUCUCUUUAGCUGAUCAUCAAACUGGUAGAUGUUGGUUACAGUCUGGUGUUUUAAACUCGAGUUUUGUUGUAAACCAGCGGUUGAUAUACAUGGUGGGAUGGCACCAUGUGAACAACCUGGCUGAUGCUUUGAUCUGUUUGCUGGAAGGUGGUGUGGGGCUAUAUGAACUUCGUAGCUCUGUUUGGAUUACAAAUAAAAACAGGUUUUCUUAAAACAAGUUUGAUUUUGACUUUUUUUCCUUAAGAAUCACUUUUAGGUUGUUAGUCUGUUAUGUGAUUUAUCUAAAUCAUGUAUUGGGGAGUUUUGAGAUAAAUGUGUU